UCCUGGGUGGGCGGUUCUGGAGUUGAGCUCCAAGCUUGAAGUUCAUUGGCUUAGUAGAUGCAAAUGACAGCACCCAGGCCAAUCAACCUAGGUGUCCUAGUGUGUCCGCUUCCUGGUUGGUGGUCAGUGUGCGCAUGUGCAGUACCUAGCUCCCGCCUCACAGACGGAAGUGAGUGGUGGGGCCUGCAGGUUUCACAGGCUGCUCUCCCUCUCCUGGCUUCCUCGAGUUUUUAGGAGGGUUCCCUUCUCAGUGGUUCUAGUCCCAGACCCACCGUCUUCUGGAGGUUUCAGCCUGGACCGGAAAGGCGGCUGCGAUCUAUCCAGCAUCUGUCCCGUGUUUUUCAGGGAAGGCAGCUAUAGCCAGUGGCCUAUCUGCAAGAUCGCACCAUAACCCUCCAUCGCAGCCUCGGCCCAAGCCUGCCAGGCCGCUGAAGGCUCGGGACAUGGCCGAGGAGCGGCCAGGGACUUGGUUUGGCUUCGGUUUCUGCGCCUUCGGGCAGGCUCUGGGCUCCGGGUGCGGGCUUAAGGCCGUCCCCAGCCCGGAGCCGCUGCGGGCAGGUGUUGACCCGUGCCACGUGAGCGCGAGCUGGAGCUACACCGCCUGCGUGACCCGUAGCGGCUGCUUGGAGCUGUCCGGCUCCGCUAGCGGCGCUGCGGACGGCUGCCGGGACGCGUGGGCCUCAGAGCGGCUGCUCGUGGUGUUGCGCGCGCGGCCGGGCCACAGGCCCGAGCUGCAGGCCUGGGCGCCCCAGUCGGCGCUGCGCGGGGAGCCCCUGUGGGCCCAGAGCCUGGCGCCCGAGGCCGAAGCAGACGGCGAGGCAGGCGCACUGCCCCUGCUGCCCGGCGCCAGCGCCUACGUGAGCCCGCAGCCGCCCUUCCGCCGGCCCCUGGCCCCAGAGCUGCGCGCGCGCCAGCUGCAACUGGGUGCGGAGCAUGCGCUGCUGCUGUGCGCGGCCGGCCAGGUGUUCUCCUGGGGCGGAGGCAGGCACGGACAGCUGGGCCACGGGACGCUGGAGGCGGAGCUGCAGCCCCGGCGGCUGGAGGCCCUGCACGGCUUGCUCAUGGUGGAGGUGGCGGCCGGCGGCUGGCACUCGGCGUGUCUGAGCGAGGCUGGGGACAUUUACAUCUGGGGCUGGAAUGAGUCGGGGCAGCUGGCCCUGCCCAUUAGGAGCCUGGCAGAGAAGGCAGUCCCCCAGGAAGGACGAGAAGAUGACGUCGACGGGAAGGGAGGAGCCAGCAGUGAGGACGGAGCCCCCGCCGCCUUCAUAGCUGUCCAGCCCUUCCCCGCCUUAUUGGACCUUCCCCUGGGCUCUGAGGCUGUCAAGGCCAGCUGUGGGUCCCGGCACACAGCUGUGGUGACACGAGCAGGGGAGCUCUACACUUGGGGCUGGGGUAAAUAUGGACAGCUUGGCCAUGGGGACAGCACCAGCUUGGAUCAGCCCCGGCGUGUGAAAUACUUCAUAGAUAAUCAGCUCCACGUAAAGGCCGUCACGUGUGGGCCCUGGAACACUUACGUGUACGCGGUGGAAAAGGGGGAGAGCUGACAUCGUGCGUGUGCAUGUAUGUGUAUGUUCUUCAAAUCACCUAUAGAAAAGCCACAGAGCAAACUGUGGUGGAGGAAACUGCAGCCACCACUCCUUCACUUCGGCCAGAGCGGCGUUCCCCAUUGUGGCCUAGAAAUGGCUGCCGAGUGGUGGGGUUCUCGGGCUCUCUCCACACUGGGGGGCUGGCAUGCCUCCCACCUCAUCACUGCAGGACAUGGUGCACCACCUUGAUUACAGGCGUGAGCCACCUGUGUUCACAUAGAACUUUGCCGCCCUGAUUUUGAGUGCCAGGUGAACGGAACCAGUCAUGUGUAACUGUCUGGUCUGGCAGUGCAGGCGCUCUGCAGCUGAGCCCAACUAUGUGCUCCUCAGUGUUAUAUGACUAUCUACAUUGUGGCCUGGAGCUAUAUAUUUCUUUACUUGGUGUUUUGUGUCCUGUAGAUAUACUUUUUAGUUGUUAUACAGCUUGAACGCAGGGCCUGGGCCCUGAACUCUUGCUCAAGGCUACCACUCUACCACUUGAGCAACAGUACCACUUCCAGUUUCCUGGU